AUGUGGCUGCCACGAUACAAAUUACUUGGCAAAGAUCCUCGCUGUUUGACAUCGGUUCCCGGGGGUGGAAGAGAUGGACUGGGUCUCAGCGCAGGAGAGCUUUCAAUAACUACUCCGUAUUCCAUAGCUGAGAGAUCGUUCGUCACCUAUCGAGGAAGAAGGCUCGCCCGUUUCACCAACCCUCCACCCAAAACCCAAUCAGCGGUCCAGGCUGUUCCCCGAUUGCAGGGAAGGCUCCCAAGUCCGUGCCCCAAGGGUCCCAAAAAUAAAUUUGACACGGCGGGGGCCGAGCAUGGAAAUGUUUUGGCGCGGCACGAUCAUCCACAUCUUGGACGUCCCUGGAUCAAAGUAGUAAAAGGGGGGGGGGGGAACCGACGAUCGGCCACGCGGCUGGGAUUGGAGGAAAAAGCAAAGAGAACGCAGAAACAAGACCGCGGGCCCCAGCACUAUGAAGAUGACAGCUCAUUUUACCCGAUUGGCUAUGAAUUUCUCUGGUAA